CAGCAGCUUUCCUAUUUCUUUCUGAUCCGGUCCGACAACUAAGGAAUUUGAAUAUACAACCAGAGUGCACUGGCUUGACGCGACCACUUCAGUUCAACGGAAUGAACAACUUGUGCAACACCCUGCAGCACAGGCAUCUGGCCGUUUUCACGGGUGAAAGGCUGGCAUUGAGGAGAGGCCUUAAUCCACGCACCUUGCUACAAAGGCAGGCAAAGCAGCGCAGGACGAAAGAGAAUGACAGCAGGCUUCAUUGCUAUGCAAAGAAGGGCUUUGGAGCCAGCACAAAGGCGAAGAACAAGAGGAAGACAUCAGGGCCAUCCUUGCAAGAGGACAACCCAGAAUGGGUGCCUGUGGCAUAUGUAUCAGAGUUCAAGGUACCACAUUCUGCCAGCCACGAUCCUCCAUUUAUCUUCUGGAUGGGAAGGAUACAAUGCCGAAGAUAUUGAGGGACAAUAGCGCAAUUGUACUGUACCAAGUGGGCAGCGAGGUUUACUGCUCGGACGCCAAUUCCACGGCUUUCAAGUUCCCACUUAUCGAUGCAAAUAUCAUUGAGCGGGAGGAUGGGCCAGCAGUUGAGGUUCCUUUGGACGGGACUGUGUAUGAUUUGGAAACUGGCAAGGUAUUGGAAUGGUGCCCCAAGAACAAUCCAGUGAGAUUCCUUCUUGGCGCCCUGAAGGAGAAGUCUGAGCCGGUGAAUUUGCGAGUUUACCCGGCGAGGGUCAACAGUGAGGGGAAGAUUUUUGUGAAAUUUGCGCCGGAGUGAGUCCCUCAAAUUUGAGAACAACAGAAGAGCUGAGUGAGAGGAAGAGCGGAAUCUUGAACGUGUGUGCGCAUGGCGAAUUUGAUGCUGGGAGUGUUACCAAGGGUGUAAACACUGAUCGCAGCUACAGCUCUGGAUAUUAUAGAAUGCUAGACCUUCUGUCUUCUCAGUGCUGGGCAGAACAUGCUUUCGUUGCCCCAAGCAAGCACCAAACAAUUGCAGUCGAGCUAUGUCAAUGCAGUUUGUAUUUUGAGUGGCAUGCGAUGCUCGAUGGGGAAAUGAAAAGAUGAAGUGGAAUCAAGCUGGACGAUUGUAGAGGCCCCAGCUCC